UGACGCAGGUAUUUACUGUGCAAAAAAUAAGCUUAUUAAGGUAUUUGUGGUUACGGAUAAGAACAAAAUCCUUUUCUAUAUUAAAAUUGAAAAAAUAUUGUGUGUCUUUUUGACCGAUGACACCGAGGCCAUGCGAAAUUGCAAUUGGAUUUUUUACUUCAAAUGAUUCUGAUUUCAUCGUGCAAAGCAAAGUUCUUGCCCUUGAAUUUACCGAAUUGCACAUACCAUAAAUAAAACUUUGCUACCAAUAUUCAAUUCCAUCCUUCAACAUAUCUAUUAUUUCUGCAUUAGCAUUACCUUCUUCCUUUUUCGGGGAAAAUAAUGAAAUUACAGAUUGAGUAUGAAAAGGAAAUUGAGAUGUUGUCAAAGGAACUAGAGAAGAGCAAGUUGGAGGUAGAAGCAAAACAUGAAGCACAUAUGCAAGCAAUGCUUAGGCUUGAACGGAGCCAAAAGAUGACUUAUGAGAUGUCCACAUUGAUGAAGAAGUGUGACACUCACAAAAAUAAGUACAUCAAGGAAUGUAUGGAGGCAAGAGCUCGCAUACACGAGCUCGAGUCGAGAGCGCAGAUGGAACUGCCGGAGGAGAAGAGCAAUGAAGAACAACAUAUUACAAUAUCUUUGAAAGAGUACAAGUCAUUGGUUGAAGAGGCUAAGAAGGAAAAUAGUGAAGUUGGAAGCCAUUUAGAGAUAGCAUUGUUGAAAAAGGAAUUGGAAGAUGCAACAAUGAAAAUUGUAGAGCUAAAAGGUGAAUGUGAAGAAGCUCUAAAUAGGGUUAAAUUGGUUGAAAAAGAGAAGAUGGCAUUGGAGGAAAAGUUGAAGAGACAAAGGGAACAUAGGCAUAGAAAGAGGGCUGCACUAGCUGCACUUAGGGAGGUAUCUACACCUCAACAUUUUGGUGCUUCCACAUCUUAUGGAACACCUAAAGUGUGCCAACCGUUAGGUAAAGUUCUCAAUAUUAAGUCCUUGUAAAAGGAACUCUUUGAUAUAAUGUCAAAUUAUUGUAUUUGUAUAUUUGUGUCUAGUAAUAGGACCAACAGUUUGAUAUGUUUUUGUUAUAUAUAUGUAUGUAUCUUAUUAGAAAAAUAGUAGAUGGUCAAGGAAAUAUGGCUCAUCCAUAAUAGCAAAUUUUGGUGCUUAUUAUUUCUUUGUAAUUUAGUCCAUUUUAAUUCAUAUA